AUGUUCCCCACACAAGCACAAGCACACACCAGGUCACCGCUGCUCGCGGAGCUGCACCGCUCUCUCACUAUGCAGACAGCGGGAGCAGACGCCAUGCCGCUACUCUUAGCGCUGCUCAGUUCUCCUCCUCCCCCUGGCUAUGCCAGCGGGAUGAGGACGACUAUGACCCGCCACCCUUUCUACAGGGCCCUACCAUGGGCUGGGCGACACGUUCUACCCACGUCUCACCUAGCGGCGGGACGGGCUCUGCGCUUCCUGCUAGCUAUGUCUGUGAACAACACACAGACAUGCGCGCGCCCGCUCUCAGAGCACAGCGCAGCAUGGAUCAGACUGACACACAUGGACUCGUGGAUGUCAAAACUGAUAUCACGGGGCUACGCACUCCAGUUCGCCUCCCCCCCGCCUCGCUUUGCGGGCGUGUUGGAGACAACUGUGUCGUCCCAGGCGGAAUCAGACGCCAUGACGUCAGAAUUACGGGAACUGCUGUCAAAGGGAGCAAUUUCCCGAGUUCCUCCGGGGGAGGAGAACGAGGGCUUUUACUCCCGAUACUUUCUCACGGCAAAAAAGUCAGGCGGGUUUCGUCCCAUCCUCGACCUGUCCCAGUUCAACCGGUGCGUCAUGGUACGUCCAUUCCACAUGUUGACUACCAAACAUGUGUUGGAAUGCGUGCGCCACCAGGAGUGGUUUACAUCCGUGGAUCUGAAAGACGCUUACUUUCACAUCCAAGUCAUCCCCAGACACAGGAAAUUCCUGCGCUUCUUUUUCCAAGGGGCUCCUUUUCAGUACAACCGACUGCCAUUCGGUUACUCACUGGCCCCUCGCACUUUUUCCAAGUGCAUGGAGACGGCACUUCAGCCGUUGCGGAAAAAAGGCGUCAGAGUCCUGUUUUAUCUGGACGAUUUGCUCAUCCUGGCUCCCUCUCGGGAAACGGCGGCGCUACACACCGUGUCAGUCCUGCAGCACCUGCAGACACUCGGUUUCGCCAUAAACUGGCAGAAAAGCGCAUUGGUUCCCUCACAAUCGAUAGUUUAUCUGGGCGUAGUGCUAAACUCGAUUGUUAUGAGGGCCAGGCUGUCAACGCCGAGGCAAGAUGCGCUGCUUUCUCUCCUGUCGCGCACCACGCCCCGCGCAAAGGUGUCAACGCUGUCUAUCAUGCGCCUUCUGGGCAUGAUGUCCGCGGGCUACAUAGUAGUACCCCUGGGGCUUCUCCACAUGAGGAAAAUCCAGAGGUGGUUCCUUCGUCAGCACAUCGACCCCAUACGCCACAAGUGGCGGAUGCUGACUAUCCCUCCCUCUCUGCAGUCAGACCUGUCAUACUGGGGAAACCCCCAGACCCUGUCAGCUGGGGUUCCCCUGGGCAGAGUGACGUCAUACGUGAUGGUGUACACAGAUGCGUCCCUCACUGGCUGGGGAGGAAUGUGCGAAUCACAGGUGGUGGGAGGGGAAUGGCCUCCUCCUCCCCUCCCACACAUAAACUGCCUGGAGCUGUCCACGGUGCUGAAGGUCUUGAAGCACUUCGCCCCGAAGGUAGCAGGGAGACAUGUUGUGGUGCAGACAGACAAUGUCACAGCAGCGGCGUUCAUAAAUCGCCAGGGCGGGGUACGCUCGGCCCGGCUAUUGGAAAUAGCCAGGAGCCUCCUGCUGUGGUCGCACAGUCAUCUGCUGUCCCUCAGGGCCUUCCACAUCCCCGGGAUACUAAACCGGGCGGCAGACCUAAUGUCGAGGGGGGGACCCUCUCACAACGAGUGGAAAUUGAAUCCCACUAUCGUUCGGAAGCUGUGGAGCAGGUUCGGGGAAGCGGAGGUGGACCUGUUCGCCUCACGAGAAAACACACAGUGCGCUCUGUGGUUUUCCUUGAGCUCACGGGACAACCCACCCCUGGGCGCGGACGCUUUCUCCCACCAUCCCUGGCCCAGAACCCUCUUAUACGCUUUUCCCCCGGUCCCUCUGAUCCCUCGCCUCCUGGAACGCAUCCAGGAGGAAGGCCUGUCGGUCAUCCUGGUGGCACCGGAGCGCACGAACGCAUCCUGGUUCCCGACGCUGGUCCAGCUGCUGGCGGCUCCCCCUGGCAAUUGCCGCGGGCACGAGGACGCCCUGUCACAGCUGGACGCGACUGUGGGGCUGGCUGCUGAGCGGGAACGCUUGCAGAGGUUAGGCUUGCCACCUGCCGUGGUGCGCACCAUUCAGAGCGCGAGAGCUCCCUCUACAACAGCGUGUUACGCAGCGCGUUGGUCCGCUUUCCAGCGCUGGUGCACGGAGAAGGAGUCAGACCCCAUAUCGUGCCCCCUGCCCGUCGUACUGACUUAUCUCCAAACACUGGUAGAUAACGACUUGGCCCCAUCCACGGUCAAAGCCUACGCGGCGGCCAUUUCAUCUUGCCACGAAGGCUAUGGAGAGAGAACGAUUUUUGCGCACCCCCUAGUUAAACGUUUUUUGAAAGGGGCCCGACGGCAGAAACCUGCCGUGCGUUCUCUCACGCCCCAAUGGGAUCUGACCCUGGUACUCCGAGCUCUGGGGAAGCCCCCUUUUGAGCCCCUGGCACAAGCCCCUCUCAGGUUGCUGUCUCUAAAAACGGCGCUCCUCCUUGCACUGACAUCAGCCAAGCGAGUGAGCGACUUAUGUGCGCUGUCAGUCUCGCCGUCCUGUCUCUCAAUCAGAGGGGACGGGAGCGCAGCCACCCUACAGCCCAACCCUUCCUUCACACCGAAAAGUUUAACAAAUUCCUUUCGGUCGAGAGUUUUUUCCCUCCAGGGUUUUUUCCCCCCGCCUCAUAACAACGACGCGGAGGAGGCCUCUCACAGAUUGUGCCCGGUGCGUGCGUUAUCACAGUAUGUUUUACGCACGGCGGACAUAAGGCGGACACAGCAGCUGUUUGUUCACUACGGGGAACACUCCCAAGGGGCGAAACAACGCCUGUCCCACUGGCUGUGCGAGGCUAUCACCCAGGCCUAUAACGCGGAGGGGGCGGUGCCACCCCAGGGCAUUCGGGCACAUUCUACACGGGCUCUGUCUACAUCGACAGCCCUGUUCAGAGGCAUGUCAGUGGCUGAAAUCUGUGCUGCGGCCUCUUGGGCAUCUCCAUGCCCUUUCAUCCGCUUCUAUUUGCGGGAUGUGUCUGAGCCCUCCCUGACUCACUCGGUCCUCCCUUCUCACAACGACGAAUGA